AUGGAUACCAUAUUGAUGGUGGAAAAAUCAGAAGUUCCGGGAAUAGCUGUACAAUGUAAACUGCUGUUGCCUAAUGGAGAUCUAAGGAGGUAUGAAUUCGAUAUAACGGAUCUUGGACUCCGACGUCGCCUUGUAUGCCGAUUUUAUGGAAUUCUUAUCAUACAGCUGGUCUGCACUUUGCCCCCUGGAGUUCCUACAAAAUAUUAUUUGCCUUACAAUUAUGUAGUGCCUAUAUCUUUGGUAUUCACUAUGUUCUUAUAUACCUGCUUUUACGUUUGGCGGGAGUGGAGAAGAGUUGCCCCCACAACUACCUUGUGCUUUUGCUAAGUAUGUAUCGGAUCCUUCAAUAGAGUAUACCUAUUGAAUAUGGUACAAAAUCAUUGGGUUUAUUGCUAUCCGGUCAUACUAAUUCUGGAGAUCUUGGCCUUAAUGCUGUACUCUAGUCAGAAGCGGUUUCGGUUCACCCAGAUACGUGGAAUUUCUAUAAUCUGCCUCGUGUUUGGUUUCUUCCUACUUCUGGCCUACCGUUUGAACCGGAUGGUAGAAGUCUUCUCCGGAAUGGCCUGUACAGUGGAGGCGUGGUACGUCAUCUAUGACACCCAAUACAUGCUCUGCGGACGACAUGGCUACAAUAUUGGACCCGAAGAGUGUGUCUUUGCCGCCUGUAACAUCCACUGCGAUCUGCCCAAGGGGCUGUGGCGUCUGAUGAAGAUGCUCUUGCUCAGCAAAAUCUUGGAAACUAUUCGUUUUUUCCGCGAAUGCUUUAGGACCGAGGUUUGCUAGUGCUGUCCCAGCUGGCUUGGAAAAAAUUUAUUUUUAAUUCCUUUUCGACUGUCAAAAUUUUUUUAAUAAAAAUGAUCUUCAGCGAUUCUUGAACUCUUCAUUAUCAGCAACAAGCUAAACAUGUUCCUGGAGCAGGCUUGUCCAUAUUUAAUCAGAGAGCUAUGAUAAUCAUCACAGAAACACCUCUUAAGGAAUGGGUGAAUCUGAAAUGGAAAUGUAUUUGAAGAGUGGCAUAAAAGCAGCCUUGGGUAACUCGAAAAUGCCAAAGUGAAAACGAUUCGAUAAGCACAUCAACAAACUAAAGUAGAUGUACCCGCCACAAAUGCAACAUUUUUAGGCCAAUUAAAAUUAUCCCACGGGUUAGAGGAAAAUACUUGGUAAAUCGAAAGACAAUUUCUCAUAAUAAACAAUCUGUACCUCCCCCUUUGAGCAAUAAUC